AUGACCAAAUCCUCUACAGAUAAGGUCAAGCCGCGCGCCACGGCUCACGAGUCCCGCGCAGGCGGUGGCCCACGGGAAACGCGAGCGGGUUCCGCCGGCCCCGGGGUCAACAAAACCCGACGACGCGGAGCGCAGUCCGCCUUCACUUCAGAACACUUCGCGAGCACAGUCACCAUCUCGCCUCUCCAACACCCCGUCCCCAUCUCCCAAUUCUCUCCGCGCCCCCACCCCGUCUCCGCCGCCCGCCGCGUCCCUCCGGCUGCGGCGACCCGACCAGCUAUGACUACCUCAAGGCGUGUUGCUGAUAGGAAAAUUGCACGAUUUGAGAAGAAUAUCACAAAGAGGGGCGCUGUUCCUGAAACAAUCAAGAAAGCAAAUGAUUAUCCUGUUGGACCUAUUCUGCUUGGGUUCUUUGUCUUCGUUGUCGUUGGAUCAUCUCUCUUUCAGAUCAUCAGGACUGCCUCAGGUGCUGGUCUAUUCUUUUGAGCAAGCCCCGUGCUUAGCUUACAGAUUAUAUGGGUGAAGUGGAGGAACAUGGUUGAGAUAUGCAGUUUGUCAAUUAGUAAACAAAACUGUCUGGCGUAGCUGGUAAUCUAUGAUGCUGCCCUAUAAUAUAUUGUAGUACUAUGGAUAAGUGGAGAAGUUUAAGUUAUAUGGUUACCAUAUAUAUGUAACAUAGUGGUACUGGUAACUGGUUAACCCUAGUCGCUCGGGCGAUUGGAAAGAUGCUUCGGUAAUGCAUAUUGCUUGAAGUUAUUGCUCGUGUUAUAUUUCAA